AUGAUGUUUGUUGGAGACUCCCUCAAUCGAGGUCAAUACGUCUCUUUGAUAUGCCUUCUCCAUCAACUAAUUCCGGAACAUGCCAAAUCCAUGGAAACCUUUGAUUCCCUCACUGUCUUCAGAGCCAAGGAUUACAAUGCCACAAUUGAGUUCUAUUGGGCACCUUUUCUACUUGAAUCAAACUCCGAUAAUGCUGUGAUCCAUAGGGUAACUGAUAGAAUCGUGAGAAAGGGUUCAAUCAACACACAUGGUCGUCGUUGGAAAGGUGCUGACAUUAUUGUAUUCAACACUUAUCUCUGGUGGAUAACUGGUUCUAAGAUGAAGAUCUUGCUUGGAUCUUUCAACGAUAAAGUAAAGAAGAUUGUUGAGAUGUCAGCAGAGGAGUCUUAUCGUAUUGCUAUGAAAAGUAUGGUUAGAUGGGUGAAGCUGAACAUGGACACCAGCAAGACAAGAGUCUUCUUUACCAGCAUGUCACCUUCUCAUGCAAAAAGCAUAGAGUGGGGAGGUGAAUCAGAAGGAAACUGCUACAAUGAAACAACACCAAUUGAUGAUCCUACAUAUUGGGGUUCUGACUCUAAGAGAAGCAUAAUGCAAGUAAUUGGAGAAGUGUUUAGAAAAUCCAAAGUACCAAUAACUUUUCUCAACAUUACCCAACUCUCCAGCUACCGAAAAGAUGCACAUACAUCAAUUUACAAGAAGCAAUGGAACCCAUUGACUCCAGAGCAAUUAGCUAAUCCUGCUACCUAUGCCGAUUGUGUGCAUUGGUGUUUGCCUGGACUUCAGGAUACUUGGAAUGAACUUUUGUUUGCCAAGUUAUUUUUUCCUUAA